CGGACCGCACCUAUGCCGGAAUUCUGCUGUGUAAUACACCAGAUACAUCAGCUGUACCAAUGGUAGGGAUUCAUUGCAAUGUGCAACUUACCUACCGUUACAUCUAGGAGUACAACCUUCUUCCUGCAGAUAAUUAAAGUUGCCAGGCAACCUUAAAUAGAUCCCUGACUGGGAUUGGCACCCAACAUGACCUAAUAUAAGGAAGGAACCCUGGGAGCCCGUUCCAAAGGAUCCGGCACUCACUCGCUUCAAGAUCUUAUCACUCGAAUGCUGUCAGGGUCUAAAGCUUAGUAGACUUGGCUACCAUUCGGUAAACUAUAAACUAUUGGUGAUUAAUUCGCGGCUUAUACCCACCUGGAUACCGAAACUCAUCCUUACACACACUUACACGAACAACUCAUAAUCGCUCAAACCAAUACCAUCUUACCACAUUCCACAUUCCGCAAUCUAUCUCUUGGCAGAUACGAAACAUGGCACCGAGCAACCAAGCCGCAUUCCUGGUCGCUGCCAAAGCACCCCUCGAGGUCAAGGAGGCUCCCUACACCCUGCCCGGACCCAAGGAGCUGGUCGUCAAGAACCACGCCGUAGCAAUCAACGUCGUCGACCCAUACAAACAAAUUCUCGGAGACGCGCUACUCGGGUACAUCAAAUGGCCCUGCGUCCAAGGUGAAGAUCUAGCCGGUGAGGUCGUCGAAGUCGGUAGCGCUGUAACGCGCUUCAAGACCGGCGACCGCGUGAUCGCCUAUGCGGCCGGGACGCUUCCGUUCGGCAACCGAACGGCCGAGGGCGGCUUCCAGAAUUAUACCGUCGUACGCGAGCACAUGACUGUUCCAAUCCCCGCGUCCGUCACUUUCGAGCGGGGCAGCGUCUUACCGCUAUGUCUCAGCACUGCAGCGUACGGCCUCUUCCACAAGGACUUCCUCGGGCUAGACCUCCCCACCGCCCCGGCCGCUAGCCCUAAAGGCCAAGCGGUGAUAAUCACAUCCGGCGCGUCGAGUGUAGGUGCUAGCGCAGUGCAACUUGCCGCUGCUGCGGGGUACGAGGUGUACUCUACUGCAUCGCCGAAGAACUUUGACCUGGUGAAGAAAAUGGGUGCUACCGGGGUAUACGAUUACCACGACGAUAGCGCAGCCGAUAGCAUAAUCGCGGCGUUGAAGGGUAAGAAGGUCGCUGGAGCGCUAACUAUUAACCCCGGCGGGGUUGCGCUUAGUGGUAGAGUGCUGAACGCCACUGACAGCGCUAAAAAUAUCGCUGACGCGGGGCCCCCGCCCGCUGAGGGGUACCUCGAAGGUAUCGCGUCGAAGUUCAUUGACCUGGGCGACUUGCCUGAUCCUGACGCUGUCAUUGGCAAGAUCUUUCGCGACUUUUUACCACAGGCCCUUGCUUCUGGCCAGUUUGUCCCUGAGCCGGAGCCGUGGGUUGUGGGGAGUGGUCUUGAGAAGAUUCAGGAGGCGUAUGAUCUUCGCCUUAAGGGCGUGUCGGCCCAGAAGAUUGUUGUAACUCUGUAAUUAAGCCCUAAGUGAAUUUUGGGGGGAUGGUUGGAUAUGGGAUCUUGGUAAAAUGUAACCUGAUUUGAAGAAUAACUCGGUGCGGACUUGUGUCGGAUGACGAACAAUUUGAAUGACUCUAGAUUGAUUCAAUCUAACAUCUAUCUUGUGUUCUAGAACCGGUACGUAUUCAUAAUUCCAAGUGUGUUUUUGGUUUAUAUCGAAGGUAGGUAAGUCGGAGAUGCUCCAAGCCUUCAUGUAGCGGGAUCUCAUUAGGUCGAUUUUAGAGAACCUUAGAAGUUAGGCGACCAGAGAUAGGAU